CCUGGGUACCGAGCAUGGGCGCUACGACAGUGCGCGCUGGCGCAAGGUUAGUGGAAGUCGCGUUGUGCAGGUUCGUGCUCCGCUGGCGCGGCGUAGUUUCAGUGUUACAUGCCUUGAAGUGAUGAGGAGGUUUCUGUUACUAUAUGCUACACAGCAGGGACAGGCAAAGGCCAUCGCAGAAGAAAUAUAUGAGCAAGCUGUGGUACAUGGAUUUUCUGCAGAUCUUCACUGUAUUAGUGAAUCCGAUAAGUAUGACCUAAAAACCGAAACAGCUCCUCUUGUUGUUGUGGUUUCUACCACGGGCACCGGAGACCCACCCGACACAGCCCGCAAGUUUGUUAAGGAAAUACAGAACCAAACACUGCCGGUUGAUUUCUUUGCUCACCUGCGGUAUGGGUUACUGGGUCUCGGUGAUUCAGAAUACACCUACUUUUGCAAUGGGGGGAAGAUAAUUGAUAAACGACUUCAAGAGCUUGGAGCUCGGCAUUUCUAUGACACUGGACAUGCAGAUGACUGUGUAGGCUUAGAACUUGUGGUUGAGCCAUGGAUUGCUGGGCUCUGGCCGGCCCUCAGAGAGCAUUUUAGGUCAAGCAGAGGACAAAAGGAGAUAAGUGGCGCACUCCCGGUGGCAUCACCUGUGUCCUCGAGGACAGACCUUGUGAAGUCACAGCUGCUACACAUUGAAUCACAAGUCGAGCUUCUGAGAUUCGAUGAUUCAGGAAGAAAGGAUUCUGAGGUUUUGAAGCAAAAUGCAGUGAACAGCAACCAAUCCAAAGUUCUAAUUGAAGACUUUGAGUCCUCACUUACCCGUUCGGUACCCCCACUCUCACAAGCCUCUCUGAAUCUUCCUGCUUUACCCCCAGAAUAUUUACACAUACAUCUGCAGGAGUCUCUUGGCCAGGAGGAAAGCCAAGCAUCUGUGACUUCAGCAGAUCCAGUUUUUCAAGUUCCAAUUUCAAAGGCAGUUCAACUUACUACGAAUGAUGCCAUAAAAACCACUCUGCUGGUAGAAUUGGACAUUUCAAAUACAGACUUUUCCUAUCAGCCUGGAGAUGCCUUCAGCGUGAUCUGCCCUAACAGUGAUUCUGAGGUACAAAGCCUACUCCAAAGACUGCAGCUUGAAGAUAAAAGAGAGCACUGCGUCCUUUUGAAAAUAAAGGCAGACACAAAGAAGAAAGGAGCUGCCUUACCCCAGCAUAUACCUGCGAGAUGUUCUCUCCAGUUCAUUUUUACCUGGUGUCUUGAAAUCCGAGCAAUUCCUAAAAAGGCAUUUUUGCGAGCCCUUGUGGACUAUACCAGUGACGGUGCUGAAAAGCGCAGGCUACAGGAGCUGUGCAGUAAACAAGGGGCAGCCGAUUAUAGCCGCUUUAUACGAGAUGCCUGUGCCUGCUUGUUGGAUCUCCUCCUCGCUUUCCCUUCUUGCCAGCCACCGCUCAGUCUCCUGCUCGAACAUCUUCCUAAACUUCAACCCAGACCAUAUUCGUGUGCAAGCUCAAGUUUAUUUCACCCAGGAAAGCUCCAUUUUGUCUUCAAUGUUGUGGAAUUUGUGUCUACUGCCACAACAGAGGUUCUGCGGAAGGGAGUGUGUACAGGCUGGCUGGCCUUGUUGGUUGCUUCAGUUCUUCAGCCAAACAUACAUGCAUCCCACGAAGACAGCGGGAAAGCCCUGGCUCCUAAGAUAUCCAUCUCUCCUCGAACAACAAAUUCUUUCCACUUACCAGACGACCCCUCAAUCCCCAUCAUAAUGGUGGGUCCAGGAACCGGCAUAGCCCCGUUUAUUGGGUUCCUACAACAUAGAGAGAAACUCCAAGAACAACACCCAGAUGGAAAUUUUGGAGCAAUGUGGUUGUUUUUUGGCUGCAGGCAUAAGGAUAGGGAUUAUCUAUUCAGAAAAGAGCUCAGACAUUUCUUUAAGCAUGGGAUCUUAACUCAUCUAAAGGUUUCCUUCUCAAGAGAUGCUGUUGUUGGGGAGGAGGAAGCCCCAGCAAAGUAUGUUCAAGACAACAUCCAGCUUCAUGGCCAGCAGGUGGCGAGAAUCCUCCUCCAGGAGAACGGCCAUAUUUAUGUGUGUGGAGAUGCUAAGAAUAUGGCCAAGGAUGUACAUGAUGCCCUUGUGGAAAUAAUAAGCAAAGAGGUUGGAGUUGAAAAACUAGAAGCAAUGAAAACCCUGGCCACUUUAAAAGAAGAAAAACGCUAUCUUCAGGAUAUUUGGUCAUAAAACCAGAAAUUAGAGAAAUAAGCUUUUUUGACUGAAAGUGCUAAAAGUCAGCUUUACUAGUGCUGAGACUUUAAAUUUUCAAAAGAAAAUUUUCUUUCAACAUUUCUUGAAGGAGAUGGAGUGGGGAUUGGAUCAUUUAACAAUAUAACAAAACUUCCUGAUGUGAUUUUACAUAUCUUCCAUCUAUGCCCUUCCUGUGCCUGUGACUCUCCCCAGACUGCCCUGUUGACUUGAGCUCUUCUGAGCUAAGGCAGCCUUCAGUCUCCAUCAGCGCCUCCUUUACUCGCCAGAGAACUUCACAGAGACUCUGUCCUUCCAUGCAAAGGCUUCCUGAAAUAGGGAGAGUGACUGAGUAGCCCAUUCUUGUGACUUACAGUGCCAACAUUUAAAAAAAUAUGAAAAUGAUUUAUUUUUAUAUGAUGUAUACCCAUAAAGAAUGCUCAUAUUAAUGUACUUAAAUUACACAUGUGGAGCGUAUCUGUUAUAUGUUUAUAUAACUAUCAAAUGGUUAUUUGUUACUAAAGCUAUAUUUCUGAUAAAAAAUAUUUUAGGAUAAUUGCCUACAGAGGGAUUUAUUUUUAUGAUGCUGGAAAUAUGAAAUGUAUUUUAAAAUUUCACUCUGGCGUAUGAUUUAUCUAUCAGCAUUACUUUUUUUUAAGUCACAAUUUCAGAAUUUGGGGACAUUUGCAUUCAAUGUACAGGUACCAGUACGUACAUAUUUUAGUAAAAAGAUACAACCUUUUUCUUCUCUUUUCACUCCUUUUAUUUCUGCUGCUUGGCACAUUUUUGAGUUUUCCCACAUUAUUUGUCUGCAUGAUACCACUCAAGCAGUGUCCUGGACCUAAAAUACUGACUUCAGUUAGUAUCCUUGGAUUUUUAGAUUCCCAGUGUCUAAUUUCCUGUUAUAAUUUGCCCAAACAAAACAAAAUAUUAUGAUAACCUUUCUCCACUGUUCUAAUAUAUAUUGUAUUUUUAUUUGAUAGCUUGGGAUUUAAAACAUCUCUGUUGAAGGCUUUUGAUCCUUUUGAGAAAUAAAGAUCUGAAAGAAAUGGCAUAAUCUUAAAA